AUGCACCGUCGCCUCCGCGCCAUGCCACUUCUUCCACUGGCGGUGCUGCUGCUCCUGCUGACGGUGCACCGCGCCGCCGGGUGCCUCGCCGCUGCGCACCGCUGCAACUUCGACGAGGCGAUGCGGAAGAGCGGCCCGCUGCCGACGGCGGUGGUGCGUGAGGUGCCGCGCAGGGGAGAGGGCGCGGCACAGGCGUACACCGCCGCUGCCGCCACCGUAGGAGGAGGAAAGAGCAACGAGGGGUGGGCGCCGAUCCGCAUCGUGGUGUCAAUGGAGGAUCUGAAGGACCCAAGCAAGUACUGUGGCUCGAAGACAGAGCAACGUCCUAAUUUUGAGGGUCUGUAUCAACAGUGUUUCUCUGAAACAAUUCUGACCGCAGACAAGAACAAAACCCUGGUUAACGAGGUUAUUCCUGUGGCUGUCCAGCUGCACGCGGAGCGUCUGCUCGUUCAGCGCACCAAGGGUGAGUUGAGCGUGCCUCAAUUUGUACAGGGCGGCAACUGCCAGUAUUUCACUGUGCCCCAGAGUCACCACACGGUUGGUGUUUCUGAUGCGGACGUGGUGCUCUACGUGGCUGCCGGUUCAGGUUCAACAUCGUGGGCUGUUCCAUGUGCUGUGGAUGCGCAUGGUCGUCCCGUAGCAGGUGUUUUGCAUGUUUUUCUUUCGGAUGUUGACUAUGUAAUGUCCGCUGCUCGUAUCAUCGCCCACGAGCUCGGUCACACCCUGGGGUUUGGCGUGGAAGAGAUGAGGAACCACAACUUGUUGUUGAGCCUCCCCGAUGUGCGGGGUAGCGCCAACCCUGCGAUGGUCGUGAAUUCUCCUGCUGCGUUAAAGGAAACGAGGAAGCACUACGGGUGUGACACCCUUCAGGGAAUGGAGUUGCGUAUGCAGGAUGAUGGAACCCCCAGUUCACACUGGUCGCAGCGCAACGCGAAGGACGAGUUGAUGAGUCCGUAUGAUAGCUACAGUGGUGGCUACUACACCGCGCUGACGAUGGCAAUGUUUGAGGACCUCGGCUACUACAAGGCCGUCUGGGGGAUGGAGGAGCCGAUGGCGUGGGGCAACAACUCCGGCUGCGAAUUCCUAGACAAGCAGUGCGCAGGCGACGUCCACGCCGCCUACCCCGACAUGUUUUGCGAAGUUUCUGACAAAUCGUUGCACUGUACAUCCGAUCGUCAAGCGCUCGGGAAGUGCGUUCGUAAUGUUGGCAACGUCGCGGCGAACCCACCAGAGCGGUGUUCGGUUCUCUUUCCCACGAUAGGCGAUGACGGCAAUUAUGACGGCUACCGCACAUGUAUUCUGAAGGGUUCGGACGUCUUCCAUGGGUCACUGUCUGGCGGCAACUCGUGGUGCCUCGAUGGGGAAUCACUCGAGGCUCAGGCCAAUAAAGAUGGUUCGUGGCAAACUGGCGUCGGCGCGGUGUGUGCGCAGGUGCUGUGUGGGUUCAACGAAGUGAUGGUGAAGUACCUCGGCGGCAGUGAUUUUGAGUUGUGUCCAGAGGGCGGGUUCCUCGAGCCCAAAUCGCCUCAGUUUAAGGGCGGCAAGAUCAAGUGCCCGAGGUACGAGGAGGUGUGCACCAUCGCCGCCAACGGAAGUACGGUUGAAGUAUCGCCGCCGCCAGGCAGUGGCGGCGAUAGCGACGACAGUGACGGCGACGACGACUAUUAUUGCGAGGAAUAUUACGAUUGGCCUGAUGGCGCCUCGGCCGUCACUUGCACCAUAUCGCUUGUGUUAAUUGCUGUGCUUCUUCUUGCCAAGGUGCUGGUGCUCUUUUAG